UCUUUUAACUACAGUUGGGUUAAAAGACGAAAGCAAGAGAAAUGGGCAGUCCUAAUAGGGUUAGUGUGGUAACACAGUUACUAGUUGGUUGUGGACUUUUGGUUUUGGUCACGUCUACAUCAACAACUCCAGCAACUACGGAGGUUUUAAAUAAAGUGUAUGUUGAGGACUUGGAACCAGUUGACGAUAUGCCCAGCUCCCGCAUUGUUGGCGGCCAAUACGCAAGCGACGGACAAUUUCCCCAUCAAAUAUCAUUAUAUAUACGCGGUGAUUUUACUUGCGGUGGUUCGAUCAUUAGUGCCAGUUACGUGGUGACGGCGGCGCAUUGUGUAACCAGUCAGCCUGGCAUCAAUUAUCCGGCUUCCUACUUCACGGUGCGCGCAGGUUCUUCGCAACUUUACACAGGCGGUGUAUACGUGAGUGUAGCCGAGACCAAAGUUCAUCCACAAUAUCGUUCUUACAUAUACGACAUUGCGCUCCUGCGUCUAAGUACGAAACUCUCCUUCAACAGUCGCAUUAGGGCAAUAUCGUUGGCUACUGUUGAGCCGCCCAAUAAUUCAGCUAUCACCAUCUCCGGUUUUGGCCGUGUGCGUACUAGUGGUGAAUUGCCGUCCCGUCUUAAAUACAAUACUUUGCGUAGCCUCACCUAUGGCAAUUAUAAACGUUUCAUUAGCGAUGUCGACCCGACGACGCUCUGCUUGUCGCACACUAUAGGUAAUGGUGCCUGCUAUGGUGACUCUGGUGGUCCGGCGGUCUACAAUGGAAAGUUGGUUGGUGUGAGCAACUAUAUUAUUAAUGGUUGUGGCUCCAAUUAUCCCGAUGGUUAUGCGAAGAUUCCAUCAUUCCGCAAUUGGGUGCGCCAAAACUCUGAUUUGCCAUGAGUUCAUGAGUUAACGAAAUCUAAAGAAUUGACUUACCGUUGUGACAUAUGCAAAGCAUAAUAAUAAUAAAAUAUUAAUUACA